GCUUUUACUGGCCUUGCCAAUAUUGCGUCAGAAAAAAUAGUCGCAGCCUCACCACAAUACAGUACAAAGGUGGGAGGGCUAGCCAACGACUGCAACAUCAACACGAUCUACCACUCCGACUACAACCAGCCUUACGCCUGGUGGAACGUGGACCUGGGUAAGCCUGCUUUUAUCCACGUCAUCCGAGUUUAUCCCGACUACAGUAAAGAGCUCUACAUGACUAGGUUUCACGACGUCGAGGUGAGCAUCGGGUCUGUGGCUGCUGUGGGGGGAGAUGCCUCGUCCUAUGCUGUGACUGGGACUUAUAUAGGACCCUUUCCUAACAGCAGCUGUUGCAGCGUGCAAUUCUCCCUCGACCCUCCUGUCUUGGCUCGUUACGUCCACGUCCGCCGCACAACUGCAUUCGAUGUUCAGCAAGAUUACCUUAUUAUGAAGGAGGUUGAGAUUAUGAGCCCAGAUUUCCAAUGAAAACUAGGCAGGCAUUGCGUGAUCAGUAAAUAGGAUGUAGUAUGAUGUUACACAUAA